UGCAGAGGGAGUGAGGUGCUAUAGCACAGGAAGUUUAUCUGGGUCAACUACGCACGAUGGGAAGCUGCCGUGUUACCCUUUUCUGUUCAGUACUGUAUGCCACUGGACUCUUCUACAGCCAAACAGGGGGAUGCAAAACCAAACACUUCACUUAUUUCACCACGACAGAGGACAGCAAUGAAAGGCAACUGAUCAUUGAUUUACAUGGAGUUUUGGAAAGACUACAGAACAAUCAAUUUCCAGCUCUAAGAAAAAAGCAUGGCUAUCUGUCUGUGUGUGAUCCAGGAGACCAGUGUGCACUCAGAAAAGGCUCAAGGAUCGGGAAACUAUGUGACUGCUAUCUGCCUAGAACAUGAAACUCUUUUCUACACCGUUGUUUGUGAUUCUCUGUGGGUUACAACAUAAAACAAACAGGGUAAAAAAUCUAUAAACUUGUGAUCUAUUUCAUUGCAUAUUAUUAUUUGAUUCGAUCUUUUCUUCUGCAAUAAGCAUUUUUCAAAUUCA